CCCCACUGCUGCAGGUGGCGGGGGCAAAGCCAAAGCCUCGGCGAUGGGGUUCGGGCUUUCGCCCUGGGCCCCAGCAAAUCUAACGCCAGAUCUGGCAACCCCCAUUAAAAUGGGUUCACGACACACUGGUGUCCCAACCCACAAUUUGAGAACCACUAUUCUAUCCUAUCCUUCAAGAGGAGCAUAUAUGGCUAAUUCUGUAGGUACUCCUUCCAAAGUUCAGCGUGCAGAGCAGUUAUCACUUGAUGGCAUAUACAAGAGAGCAGUGAAUCAGCUACAGGUCACUUGUCCCUGUAAUUUAUUGCACUGUGGAGUUUUAGAUGCUCCAAGUCAGUGUUUUUCCAAUGGGCAGAAAGUAACUUGAUCUCACCUACCUGGAUAGAGGUUUUAGUUACCCCAUUCUGCUGGAUAAUUAAAUUUUGCACAACUGGUCGGUGGUUAUAAUUAUGUAGCAGACUAAGUGUUUUGUGGGAGGAGCAUUUUUAUAAAUAAUUAUUUUAAAGAUCCCACAUAUUCAAUGUAUUUGCUUUCUUUACCUUUUACUGAUGCUCAUUUGCUCUAUAUUUUAGCAAGAAGGGCUUUUGUUCUCUAUGUUUGAUGAUUACAAAGUGUUCCACCAUCUUGUCAUUUGGGGCAAGUCACUGUACCUCUCUGUGUCUCAGUUUUCCCACUUGCAAACCUGGAAUACUUCUUGUCUUAACAGGAGGAUUGAGAGGCUUAAUUACUCUUUGUAAUUUGAGAAACUCAGGUAGAAAGUGCUAUAGAAGUGCAGUGAAGUAUUUUAAUGUAUAGUAUAAGGGAGAAUUAGAAGCUAGCAAUGUGUCUUGAUAGGGAGGGGAGUGUUCGUCUAGCAGCUCAAACAUCAGAUGCUGUUUUUUUGUUGCCUAGAAGAGGUGUCCGGAGGAAUGUAAGCAUGAAGCGGUUCAUGGCACUGCUUAAAAAGAAUAAAAACAAGGACCCUCCCCAGGCCAAGCUGCUCGAUCUAGCAGGACAGCUCUGCUGCAAUCUUCAGAGCAUGUCUUCCAGCCUGGAGAAGCUGGUUGAGGCAAUGAUGGGGUGCAAGCUUCAGGAAUAUUUCCUCACCAACAUCAAUGUAGUCCGAGCCUAUGUGCUUGUCCAUAUCCACAGGGGACAGCAUGACACAGCCUGCAGACUCCUGGAGUGUUGCAGGGCGAAAGAAAAGAAGGAGCUGGUGCAACUUUGGAAUGAGAUCCACUACCACAAAGUCAUGGAGAAACACCACACAGAUUCCCUGACACCGGUGCAAAAAUUCCGGUGCAGGAAGAGGAAUCCUCCUCCAGUUUCCCUCUGUCCUGAAGGCAUAAAGAAUCGAAACUAUCCUGAAAAAGUUCGCCAAAAGCUGCACAGAUUUGCUGCAAAUGUGACAAUGAAUCCAAACAAGGAUCAGCGGGAGGGUUUGGCUCAGGAUAUGAACCUGCAGCCAAAUCAGGUCUAUAACUGGUUUGCCAAUUACCGUCGUCGUCAAAAAACCCGGCUCAGUCGUCUGGAAAAGCUCAUCAAUUCAACUGAUGAGGAGCCUUCAACUCACCAAGCAAAACAUCAGCCUGAUAGUGGAUCCUGCAUUUCACAAACUGCAGAUGCAUUUCAUGCAGGCAUUGGCUCGGAGCAGAAAGAGAUUACCCUUGUGCCCUGUGGUCCGGGGUGGGAGCAAUCAGCUGCAGGUCUGGACUGGUCUGCUGCUGGGACCUUUUCAAAGUUGCUAGAAUCCAGCUUUCUGCAGAGCAGUGAGUUACAGGAAGUGAGGUCAACUAAAACUUCAGUGACCCCUCUCAACACUGAAGAGCCUACUGCUUUCUGCACUAAGGCUGAGCACGGAAUAAGCCUUAGCUCUUCCACCAUGGAGACCAGACAGCUGUCAAGUUAUACUGCCACUAGCCCCUGGCUGGAGAACUUUCUCCUGUGCUCCUGUCGCUCGUUUCCCUUCCAAACAGAAUAUCUGAACGCAACGCAGCCAACUCUCAGUGCAGAAGGAGUCUACGGCGAGAGCAGCCCUGGUACAGCAGCAGGUGUCAGAGCUUCUGUGAGCAAGGUCCCUCGAGGUGGCUGUAUUGAGGCCAGUUCAGAAAGCAUCAGUCACCAGGCAGAUUUAGAGAUUGAAAGUUUCAUGCUUAGAGAAGGACAGCUAGGGCCCCUGGAAACCAUUCUUCCCCACAGUUCCCCCCAGACUGUGCUUGGCAAAUCCCAGUGCCCACCUGUUUCCACAUCCCAUCUGGAGGAAAUCCAGGCCUUGGGACACAGCCAGGUGCUGGAGAAUCCACUAAGCGAUCCCAUGACCAGCGACACAUUCUGGGCAGCAUGGCUUCUCUUUGAAUUCUCAGUUGGUGGUCGAAUGUAACUCGCAUAGCGAGACUUUGUAUGGUGGUCUGCAGUUCUCUGGUGACUGCUCCUUUCUCGCCAAAAGAGGCAGUGAGAUAACACAGUGUAGUUAACUGGGAAAGGAGACCUUUUCUAAUUGUUACCAAGUUCAUUUUGGCUAUAGUUUUAUCAAGAGUUUUAAAAGUAACAAACAAAAGCAAUGCUCCCUGAGGUUCUUGCUGAUCACAGACUUUAACUGGGACAAUUUGAAGCUGCAUAGCCCGUUGCAAGUAUUUAGUCACUGGUUCUAUGGAAGUUAAAUUGUACAGAUCACCCCGUAUUCAUAACUGGGGUGUAUCUGGACGAGAUUGUUCUGGGUCCACCUAUUGUUGUUGUUGAUGAAGUUGUGUAAAAAGACCUUCAAUUCAAAGGGAGUAAAACCUCAGAAAUGUCAUCUACAGUGUGGAUGCCCUGUGGGUUUGUUAGGGCUGGAGAAUUUGGGACCUAGCUGAGCCUUGAUACAAAGCUGCCUCCUCCCGCCUCUGCAGUUCACUUGUGCUCUGAAUUCUGGGGCCCUGCAAAGCCCAUAGUACCACAGAUCACACAUUUUGGAGCACUAUAGAAUUCAUAGCACCCAAUAAAACUGUAUUAUAGAGGAUGAGAUUGGGAAAGCCACAGUGUCAGGGCCCAGUAGCAGGUGGACCUUGAAUUUCCCAUGAAGGUCGGAGGAAUGGAGAGGGUGGGGACAUUUGAACCCUUUCAGUCCACACUUAGAAUUCCCAACUCCAGCUGGAGAGGAGCUCUGCAACUGGUCCUAAUGGUUGCCUUUCCCACAGUCUACUGAAACUGAAGGCCUGAUUCUCUACUGCCUUGCACUUACACCUGUACAAAGUGAAUGUAGAACACUGCCAUUUUCAUUUGGUAGCAUAUUAAAUUGACUUUGCAUUUAUUUUGCAGGUGCAAAUGACUGCUUGAGGUGCAGGGCAGUGGAGAAGCAGGCCCUGUAUGUCCCCAAGUACCUUGCAAAGCAGCUUUUGGGUUGUGCAGCCCCAGAUUCCCUCAGACUGCAGGAGUAUGUGGCCUCUAAUAGAAAUUGGUAACUGUAUUCAGCUGAAGUCUAAUACCUGAAUUUUGGGCAAAUAGCUGAGGCUCCUCAAAUAGCUGAGGAUCGGAGGAGUGCACUGCUAACAGUUCCUCUGUCCAGAUACUUUUUCCCAAACCAGCCUCCAAGCCAUCUGCUUCUGCUCCCUCUCCAUUGUGUUUUUUUUGUUAUAUCACAGAUCAGGAGCCCUAGACUUUUUAUCCCCUAACCUGGGGCUAAAAAAUGGAAAUUGUGAGAGAAAUAGGGAAGGGGGGGAUUCAUUUGCACCCAGGCUUAAAAACACUGAGGGGUAAAUCAUUGUUUAGCUUUUUAAGUAUUUACCUCAAUUGUGUAUUUUUUAAAAAAAGAUUCUGGAUCACAAAAGAGGAUCCUCCUUGCCUAGAGUCCAGGCCUGGGGUUCACUGGUGGAAGGCUGAUGCCCACAUUGACUCUCUUGUAAUGAAAUAAGUUUGCAAAUAAAGGUUAUGAAUGGA